AUGAAAACACUUACGUGAAUGGCGUCCAUGGAGGCGGGCGCUUUGAGCUUUCUAUCGUGUGUAUCGAUAAUAUCCAGACAGACCUUGUAAGGGAACAAAAUGUCCUUUGUUCGAGUGCGUAGAACCCAUUCAGCUACAGGAAUUCCUCGUAAGAAGAGACCAGUUCGAAGAAAACCUGUUUGGGAUGACACUGUAAACGAUUUAACAACACUGAAAGCAACACCAGAUGAAAUCGUAUAUAGAAAAGUGUCUCACCAGUCAAAAUAUGCCCUGGCUACACGACUGCAAACACAGAAAGACCUACAACAGAAAAAGAAGAAGGCAGCAGAUCUGAGCAUUUCAAAUGCAGAAGCCAGACAACUUGCCAUUAUGAAGGAGGUUCUGUAUGACCAACAACAGUUUCAAAAUGCGAUAUCAAAGUCAGAUAAGAUGAUGGCGUCAGUGAAGGACAUGUUUGGUGAUGACCCUAGGAGAUUUGCUGGUUUUCCCAAUGUCACUGCGGCCCCAGACCCUGAUGGUGUCGACAGGACAGCUAGCCUUUACGCAGAUCACCCUGAUAUCAAAACACGCAUGGAGGCCCUUAGUCGGUCACUAAUGGAUGGUUCAGCACUCAAUGACUUUGAGACUGACUCAGAUGAUGAAGCAGUUGCUCCUGAGCCGAUUUCUUACCAACCUCAAAUGAAUAUGGAGCGGUUUGAGAAGUUCCUGGCCCACGAGGAGAAGAACAAUACUCUCAGCACUAUCAGUGGUCAGGCCCAGAUUAGUCAGCUGGCCCAGGGUCCUAUACAGAGUACACAGAUUCAGGACACGACCAGUCUACAGACCUCCUUAGGAAGUGCAUGUGAAACCCCAAAAAGGAACCCGAAUGAGUCUGUUUCAAUUCUGAAAACCCCAAGGUCUGCAAUCAAUGAUACAAAAAAGAUCAAGAGAACAAGAAAAAGAGUGACUCCUGCUAAAUCUCCACAACACAACAACACGUCAGCUUUCAACCUGACAGAUCUACGCAAGGUGUUGGAGAAUCUCCAGGAUGAAAUUGCCGGGUUUGAGAAACAGACAGGACAUCGUGCUCCAGCCGAAAAACACCGACAGGAAACCUUCUCUGGAUACACACUGUCACUCGUUGACUCUGUUACCAAACUCAGUCGAUAUCUCAAAGAGAACGAUCUGCGUCUGAAGGCAGAAACAAUAGUGAGGGAGCAGCUGAUGCAGGAUGUGUCCCAGUUAGCAGCGUUGAUAGAUGCUCUCACAUCGGAUAUCAUUCUAACUCAAGAUGAAUCAGCAAAGUUGAAAAAUGAAUUUAGCAAGUAUAAGCUGGAAACACAAAGUGAAAUACAACACCUCAAGACUGUGCUACGCAAGGCUGGUCUGAUGGAGGAGGAAGCUGUUUUAAGAACACCCCCAAGAGGAGUAGCCCCUCCCCAGCCAUCUAUUAUAGAUUCUGAUGAGGAUGCCAAACAGCCACAGGAGCUAUCAGCUAUUCCCAAUCACGUUCAGUCAGCUUCAGCAGCUGUUCUGUUAUCACCACCAGUCAGGAAGUCUUACCUACAGAAGGAUGAGGAACCAGCAGAUACCCAGCCUCACUCAGUUGGACAGCCAGUGCCUGUAAACCUUCCUGACUACAACUCGAGUUUCCCUGUAGGUGGUCCAAAAUUUAUGCAUGGACCAGUCAGUAGUGACCCCAGUCGGGCCAGUUCUGUGAAUAGUCAGAGUCACUCUGAGCCUAACCAGCUAUCAAAUGGUCCGGGCCUUCAACCCACAUCUGGUGUCAGUGUUACCACAUCGACAAUGCCUUAUAGUGUACACCAGGUGAACUCUGGUCCCAGCCAGGCCCAGUCUGAUCCCAUGGGUCCUCAGCAGUUUCAGGGGGCGCCAUGGUAUCCACAAUCACAAUUCUUACAGAGCCUUCCCCCUGGGAAUCCCCCACAAUCUAUGGCAUCCAGCCAAAAGCAGUCAUUGACUGGCAGCUCAAAACAAGGUUACAGCAUUGCACAUCCCUUAGCCUCAUACCCUGGAAGACAAGGCCCACCCAGCAUGCAGGGUCAACCAAACUUUGCCAACAAUGCUGCGAGGGUUGCCGUUCCACGUCCCAGUCCCCUGGUUCAGAGCAAUGUGGAAGUGUCCUUCCAUGACAGUGGCAGGCCAUCAGUACAGGUACCAGAACACUCAGCCAUACGGCCAGGGUUGGCACAAUCAAUGGGAGGUCAGCCAGGCAUGUUAUAUCCAGCGGGAGGCCAGUUUUCUCAGAGUGGAGGUAUAGGUGGGUCAGGCCUGUAUCAAAGUGUGUCCCAAGGUGGACGCCUUGAAGGUUCAGGCCAGGAUAAAGGACAACUUGCCCACACCAGCGGGCUGCCGGCCCCACCCUCCUACAACAGCAAGGAUAUACUGGCUGCUCAGAUCCUCGAGCUGAACAAGCAGCACGAGGAAGCUCAGGUACGCCUGCAAGUGUUGAUGCAGCAGCAGCAGAACCAGCACCAUGAACACCUAGACCAGCAUCAUAUAUUACAGGAGACGGACAGCGAGCUACGUGCUGCCAUAGUUCUCGGGCAACGCCAGCCACAACAGCAUGGUCUUCCUUCCCAUCCUGUUUCUCCUCCAAUUUCUCCGAUCUCUCAGAAGUCUGACAAAUACCUCGGCCUCCAGGGCUUGACACAACAGAACAACCUUGGUCCAACUUCUUCUAGAGGUAUCACAGUAUCUAUUCCCAGCAUGAGUUUGGACUCGACUAUUGAGAGCAGCCCGUCCCCAAAGAGAGCAUAAAAGUGUGUAGGGCACCGACUGUUGGGAUCCUGUGUACACUAGAGAAUAUACAGUUAAAAUGCAUCAGGAUUGACUUGGAAGCUCAUUUCUCAAUGUGUGAAUGGACUUUACUGGGACUGUGAUAUCUCUGAAAUAUUUAUUUAUUUUGCAUAUUUCAACAUAGCUAGGAUAAUGAUUAGCAAAUCUUGAUGUACUUGAAGUUGAGGAUUCCUAGGACUACAUAUACAAACAUUCACAUGCCUUAAAAAGUCAGGGUUCUUUGUUAUUUGAGUGUUUUCAUGUCUGUUUAUUUCAGGUUUCAGUUGUAUGUAGGAGUAAACCGUUCCAACAAAAUAAAUGUUCUUAAUUUUGCUGAUAAUAGGUAUAAAAUAACAAUAUUUUGAUUGUUUAUGUAAGAAUGCAUGUAAAAUCCAUCAUCUCAUUGUAGUUUGGGAUAAUUCUAGUUUUCACUUUUACUGACGAAAAAAUGUGGGAACAAUUUUGGGUACUGUGAUGUUAUAUAUAUUUUAAAAUUCAUUUACAUGUACAUUUUUGUUCUAAAUGUUUGAGUAUUUCAAAGGUUGAAUAGUGCUUACCAGCUGGUGUGCUAUAAGAUAAUUUAUUAUAGUACCAGGUACUUGAAAUAUGUAUUUUCAAGGUAUCUAUUUUUGCAUUAUGACUUGAACGGUAAUUAUAUAAGCAGCCGAUCGUGACUUAAACUAUCUUGCACAAAUACGGAAAAUGUUAUCUCUGUGCUAAACAUACGAUUUAAAGCAUUUUGAAGCACUUGAUUUAUAGAACUGCCAAAUGUAAAUGUAAUCCUUAACUUUCCACUUAGAAUUUUAGAGGAUAGCAUAUAGCAGUAUAUCUCUAAUUAAAGGGCAUGCCAUAUCUGUAUCGAUUUUUAGUUAUUUCAAAGUGUAUUGCAUUAUUAAAUUAUUCACUAUAGUGACUUUCCUUACCAAUAAAGAUAUCUCAUGUAUGACUCACACCACUGCAAACUUCAGUAAUGUAUAUAAUUAGUUUCAUAAAAGAUGAUGUACAACAUGAAAUGUUUGUUUAUAAAUACAUAUGUGGUUACUAUGUACCCACAAGGAAUACAUGACAGUGAAUUUAGUUUACUUUACUAUAAUAUACAUACUUGUUUUAUAUUGGGAAUUCAGGGUUAUUUGUACCAUGAAACAAUCUACAUAGCCUCAAACCACUGGAGAUAGUACCCACAAACAUUUCAUGUUAUACAGUAUCUCCCAAAUAUGAUUUACAUAGCAAAGUAAUUUUUGUUGAUGAAUUGAACGAUUGCCAAAUUGAAUGUAAUUACCUAUAGUCUAGAUUUAUUGUUAAUCUCCUGUCUUGUGCUAAUCUUGGACACAUCUUGGGUUACAUGAUCAGUACAGGUAUACUGUCCAUUCCUAUUGUUUAUUAAUUUGUUACAAACCUGGAUAAUUCUAAUGUAGUGAGUAAAAUCAUUUGAAACUGA